AUGAAAAAUGCAAGAACCAACUUCUACUGCAUUCAGAGCACAGGACACCGGUAUGAAGGUGGACUCUGGACAGACCGUCCAAAGCAGGAUUUCUAUAACAAUGAAAGACAUGUUACAAUAGUCACAACUGCUGGUCUUCCUUGGGUGACGGGAACAGUUAUAAACCCAUUUUUUUCAGUUGCAUAUUUAUCACAAGCAAGAAUCACAACCGCACACCUCUACAUAUACUUAUUUCCGCUCGCACAAUCUUCAUCCCCAAUCGGAACCGAACAAGAUCCGGACGCAGAUGCAGAGAUUCUACCUUCAAAUUCCUUGUUUUCGCAAACCGCACACACCCGUGAAGAAGACAACUAA